UCCAUCCAUAUAUUAAUAAAUAUAUGCAUGAGUUUGCAGCUUCAUCAAACACUGGAAAUGGGAGAUUACAGCUCUCUUAAGCUUCCUCCUGGAUUUCGUUUCUGCCCAACUGAUCAAGAACUCGUCCUCCACUUUCUCUACCGCAAAGCUUCCCUCUUGCCUUCUCAUGAAAUCAUUCCUGAUCUCCAUCAUCUUCAUCCUCUUGAUCCGUGGAACCUCCAUGGUAAGGCCCUUUCUAGUGGAAACCAGUGGUAUUUCUUUGCACAUAUGAUGGAAUUUGAGAGCCAGCAGCAGGUCACAGAGAAUGGACUGUGGAAGCAACUGGAUGUUCAGCAACCUAUCUUUAGUGAUUCUGGUAACAAGAUUGGAAUCAAGAAUUAUCUCGUCUACUACAUCGGCCAACAUCCUGCUGCUAUAGAAACCAAUUGGAUGAUGCACCAAUAUCAUCUCUGCAACUCAUCAUCUCCUAAACGAAUCAGAAAAUCUGAUUACCAUAAAUGGGUUCUAUGUCGAGUUUAUCAAAGUACGGAGAAUUGUUGUCAAAGUUUCAAUUGCACAGAUGAAUGUGGAAAUGAUGAAGAUGAUGAUGAUGAUGGGACUGAGCUUUCAUGCUUAGAUGAAAUGUUCUUGUCAUUGGAAGAUGAUUUAGAUGAUAUAAGUUUGCCAAAUUAAUCAUCUUUACAAAUGUUCAUUUUGUUUGAUUAGGCUCCAAUUAAACUUAUGCCUUUGUGUGUAAACAUGUGUAUCUCAAUAUUAAUUAUUUUCCUUGAGGGGUCA